AUGGCGCUGGCGCUGGAUGAGCUGGCCAUAGGGCUGGUUCGCGAGUUCCUGGCGCGCAAGGGCUUCAAGGAUAGCCUCGAUGCGCUGGACCGUGAGGUCCCUCGAACAGAUUCCUCCCUCACAAAGAAAUCGGCCCUCAUCCGUGGCCUUCGGGCCGAGACCCUUGCUAAAAAAUACAAGGAGCAAAACCUCAGUUCUUUGCUGGAGACUAUUGUCAAGUACUUGGCUGACAAAACCGGAGCACUUGUGGACACGCAAACCACCCUGACGCGCGUCAGCUCGGGGCAGGAAGGCCAUGGCUCGAGUGGUGGAGUGCGGGAUAAUAACAGCGAUGGUGCAAUGGCCUCAGCCAUCUCGCAAAUGUCGCUCAGCAGCGGCCUUAACAUUGGUCGAACGGUCACAGGCCACCAUGCCAGUGUCGCCGCGCCAGUGUCAACACGCCCACCGCGCACGGCUCGAGGCAUGCGUACUAGUGCCAGUGGGGCCAGCAGUGGUCCUGGCUUGGGGGAUCCGGGUACCUCGGGCCUGAGUCAAGCCUCUCGUCCUCGCGCAGCAGCGCCGCACUCCCAACGCGCUGGGUUCUCAGCCAAUCGACGUCCCGGACUCGUGUCCAGACCCGGUCCUGAUCCUGAUGAUCUGGUUCUUGAUGAUUUGGGUCUAGAGGAUGUUGUUGAUGUGGGCAUUCCCAGUACCCGCCCCACGCGCGCCAUACCUCGUGCUCCCUCUGCCACUACGAUCAAUCGUCUUGUUGCCAGUGGAGGUGUACGGGCUGCCCGCCCAUUAUCUGGCCAGUUUGCUGUGGCGCUGAAAAAGGCCAUUUUUGGUCGUUUAGAUGCGCGCUUCGUGCCUGCGUGGUUGCGACAAAACCUGGCCUUUCACCCCCACCCUGAUCUGGCCUACGGCCUCUGGCAGCAAGAAGGUGGCCCCUGUGGCGUACUUGCGGUGGUUCAGGCAUAUUUGUUACGUGAGCUGCUCUUCGAAACACAUGUGGGCCUCCAACCUUCCCCUGCGCAGAGGAUGGAGGCGCUAACCCAUGCGCUGACGCGCAUGCUCUGGCGAUGUGGUGAGGGCCGUGAGUGCGUGGUGGCGGUGCUGGGCACAAGCGAGGCCCAGGGCUUACCGCCUACCUGGGCUCGAGAUGGCGUCUUGGAACGAGUGCACACGGUGGAGUGCGCUGACCACGACGCAUGCUUGGUGGCAGUCCGCCAAGCGUUGCUGGAUUGGUGUGCGGAGCAAGCCCCAGGCAUCAUCUUGAUUCUCAUCUCCGCCAUUCUCAGUCGUGGCCUGGACAGGCUUCUUGCUGAUCGAGAUGUGGAUGCAGGGCCUCUCCUUGGUGCUCACAACUAUUGCACCCAGGAUAUGGUCAAUCUGCUUGUCACUGGCCGAGCCACCUCCAAUGUGCAUGAUGGUGAAGUGCGGCUGGAUGACCAGCUGGUGCUCAAGGGCAUCGAUGACCCGGCCGACUUUGGUCUGCUGUCACUCUUUGAACACUUUGACUCCUGUCGGGUGGGGGUGCAUUUGAAGCGGCCGACGUUUCCUAUUUGGAUUGUAUGCGCAGAGUCACAUUUUACCGUGCUCUUCAGUCGCGAGCGACAAGUACAAGACUGGGCGGAUGAUGAGGACUUUGAAUUAUGCUAUUAUGAUCAAUUAGCUCGCCUGGAGGAGCACUACGUCUUGCGAAUCGGUAAGGCCAAGGAUGGCCAGGAUGGCCAAGAUUUCCCGUCAGGGGGUCGAAGGGCGCCCUACAUUGGGCACAACUUUCACAGUCGUCGUUUGUCGGCGCUGUUCUUUUUCUCAAAAUCCUUCUUUGCAUGUCGGUAG